AUUCAAUUUUUUAUUUUUGUUCUUUAUUAUUAAAAAUCCCAAAAAAAAUUACAAAGAAUGCAAAAAAAAAGAAAGAAGAAAAGGCCCAAUGGCCAUAACAAACAAAAAAAGAGAGAAAUAGGGGCUAACAUUAGGGCCCAAGAGAGGAAGAAACUAGGAGCUUCUAAAGUGUUAAUGCGUGGCCGGAUGAGAAGGAAAAGGAUGGGCAAAAAAGUAAUUUUAACCAAAGUGAAGGCAAAAUGGUAAAUUUGAUAUUCAGAAACCAUAUCCCUAUUUAAGCCACUUUUAUGCCUCAGAAUUGGAAAAAGGGGAGGAGCAGACCCUAAAAAUUCAUCAGCUUUCUCCUUUCUCUCCCAUAACCCUAAGCACCGCUCAUCCUCCACUCCAAACUCGUGACGCCGCGCGCCUUUGUGCAGGGCCUCGGUUGCGCCACCCCUAUUCCCUCCCUUUAUAUGAGACCGUGUCGCUACCACCAACUAUUUUUCUCCCUUAGAUCGCGACACCACUACCUUUCUCGUCCUCCUCUUCAACAACACUGCCACUUUUCUCUUUCCAGAUCCACCACCACCGCCACUCGUAUUCACCGUUCCAGAUCCGUCACACCACCACCACGCUCCUUCUCUUUCCAGGUCUCAUCACAUCCACCGUUUUUCCUCGUUCUAAAUCGCGUUUCCUCUUCCUCUUGCAACCUUGCAUCGUAAAAAUCACCUCCUUUUUCGGUUCCGGCGCUGCCUUCGUUCUCUUGGUUCCAAUACCAUCACCGCUUAUUCUCAUCGUGACCCUGGUUGCAACAAGCCCCACAAGAACUACUCGUAGUAGCUUCUCCCAGAACUAGUCCUCAUUCCAAAUUUACCGUGUAUCCAGUUGUUUCUGGUGUCUAAUUUUGUUUAAAACUGGGUAGCUUCAAAGUGCUUCUGCUGCUUUUCUUUCUUGCAUUCUUCUGGAUCGCUCAUUCAGUUCCAUUUAUUCUCAUACAUGAUAUGGUCUGGUAGAGACGAAGCAAUUGGGCUGACUAAAACUUAUGUAUCAAAUGGGCCGGGCAACCCAUGGUCCAGCCGGACCAAAACCCAAGCUAUAAAUAAAAGAGGACCGCCCAAGCAGCAGGAUCCUAUCAUUUCACGCAUUUUUACUUGCUUUGUUUACUUUCGCUUGCUCUCUAAAUUGGUUAGCCUUAGUCUGUGGUUCCAUACCGGAACAUUGGCGCCCACCGUGGGGCCGAAGGAUACUUUCCUAGGCUUCGUUUUUAACCAAGAUGGUGACUCGAUCCGGGGCGAACGGAGAGAGGAAUCAUGUUCAACAAAAUGAUGUUCCUCCUGAUGUUCUUCAGCGGAUCAUGGACGAUCUCAAUGAACUUCGUCAACAUAAUCAACAGUUACAGAAUCAACUUACUGAUAUCAAUCAGACUCAGGGUUUACGAGAGGGCGAUCGAAGAAUGGCUGAGACGGUGGUGGAUUUUCAACCUUUCACAGAGGAAAUAGCGAACACCGCCGUCCCAGACAAUUUGAAGACGUUGAAGCUUGACUCUUACUAUGGCGAUUCAGAUCCAAAGGACCAUUUAGUGUAUUUCAACACGAAAAUGGUCAUUGUAGGCGCAUCAGACGCGUUGAAAUGCAAAAUGUUACCAUCCACUUUUAAGAAAUCGGCGAUGAUUUGGUUUACAACUCUGCCGUCAAGGUCAAUUGUCAAUUUCACGGAAUUAUCUACAAAAUUCUUGUCUCAGUUUUCUACCAGCCGUGCACAAAAAGUAACUCCGGCGACAUUAUUCAAUGUUCGUCAAGGACCAAAUGAGACUUUGCAGUCUUACAUGGGGCGUUUCAAUCAAUUAUCUGUUCAUUUGGAAGAUAAAAUGCCAGAAAUUUGCAUUGCAGCUUUUGAAUUGGGCUUGAAGCCGGGUGGUUUGAACAGUAAUUUGAGUAGAAAACCUGUGGAGACAAUGGCGCAUUUACGCGAAAGGGUACAAGGAUACAUCAGGGAGGAGCAGAGUGAUCAGAUCAAGAACAACCGCCCGAAUGCAGCGGUUCCAGGGCAGAAACAGCAGUUUGAGGCGAAGAAGGGAGCGGUUGCAGAUCAAUAUUCGAAGGGAUGGACCGAACGUGGCAACGCAGGGUAUAACAAUCGUAACCGUUAUGACGGCCGAUUUGAUAAUCGUUCUAAUUUCAAAAAUCGUGCUCAACCGUAUGGAGUGCGUGGGCCAGGACAUUCGAUGACGUGGACUUGGAACCAAAAUGAUCGUGCAGUUCCUUUGGCGGUUAAUUUGACUGAAGCUUUGAACACGUGUUUGGAGGCGAACGUUAUUCGUUUUCCACGACAGCCAAAGCCGUCAACGGGUUAUGUGGAUAAGAAGAAGUGGUGUGAGUAUCAUAGGAUUUCGGGACAUAAUACUGAUGAUUGUUUCACGCUGAAGAAAGAGAUAGAGAAAUUGGUGAAGGCUGGAUGUGUGAAACAGCUUGAGGGACGAAGCAAUUCUGAUGAGGCAGGCACUUCAGUAAGGCGAACUGAAGAUGGAAAAGAAAUUGAAGGUGACGGUCAAGAUAGGCAGUCGGAUGGAAAAGCAAAGGGGCGGAUUCAUUCUAUUUUCGGUGGAUUUCGCGGUGGAGGAAUGACUAACUCAGCUCGUAAGAGGUACGUCCAUUCCAUUAAUGCUGUUUAUUCUAACGAUUGGGGAAGUUGGGCAACCAAUCAACCCGAUAUAACGUUUACUGUGCGAGAUUUUGAGGGAAUCCAACCUCAUGAAGACGACCCAAUUUUUGUAAUGCUGAGAAUUGCUGAUUACGAAAUUGAGAGGGUACUUCUGGAUCAAGGAAGCUCGGCGGAUUUGAUUUAUGGUGAUGCUUUUGAAAAGUUGGGGCUAAAUGAAUCUGAUUUGUUGCCUUAUGAUGGCUCUUUGGUGGGUUUUUCCAGAGAAAAAGUAUUUGUUCGAGGGUAUGUGGAGCUGAAGACUGUCUUUGGAGAAGGGAAAAAUGCGGAGACAUUUGCUAUUAAGUUUUUGGUAGUAAAAUGUACUUCGCCGUAUAAUGUACUCAUUGGGAGGCCAUCACUAAACAGAUUGGGGGCGAUCAUUUCUACACGACACUUAACAGCUAAGUAUCCGUUGAGCAAAGGAGGCGUUGGAGUUUUAAAGGCUGAUCAAAUGGUUGCUCGAAAGUGUUAUUCAUAAAGUUUCAAGCAGUAUGGGCAUAUGGGAAAGAAGGCAGUGAAAGAGGGGCAUCGAGUAUAUGAGGUGAAUGUAGAUUAGGCGGACGUUAGUUUGGAUCCUCGUGAUGGAUUCAUUGAGCAUAAGAUGACAUCAGAGGAGGAAACUAAGGCGAUCCAGAUUGGUGAACGAAAUUUGAAAGUGGGUGUCAAUUUAACUACAAGUCAAGAGAACAGGUUGGUAAAGUUGUUAUCUGAGAAUAUGGAUUUAUUUGCAUGGAGUGCAAAGGAUCUACCAGGAAUCGAUCCGGAAUUUAUAUGUCACAAAUUGGCUUUAAAUCCUGGGGCGAAACCAGUUGUUCAAUUCAAAAGAAAGAUGGGCGAAGAAAAGGCAGAGGCAGUAAAGGUGGAAACUAACAAGCUACUGGAAGCUGGAUUCAUCAGGGAGGUUAAAUAUCCGACAUGGUUGGCUAAUGUGGUAAUGGUGAAGAAGGCUAAUGGGAAGUGGCGAAUGUGCACAGAUUAUACAGAUUUGAACAAGCAUUGUCCUAAGGAUUCUUAUCCUUUACCGAAUAUUGAUAAGCUUGUAGAUAGGGCGUCGGGAUUCGGAAUGCUCAGCCUCAUGGAUGCAUAUUCAGGGUAUCAUCAGAUAAGAAUGUACCAGCCCGAUGAAGAGAAGACAGCUUUUAUGACAAAUCAGGCGAACUAUUGUUAUCAAACUAUGCCAUUUGGGCUGAAGAAUGCGGGAGCAACAUACCAAAGGCUGAUGGAUAGGGUGUUUGACAAGCAGGUGGGGCGGAAUAUGGAGAUUUAUGUAGAUGACAUGGUGGUCAAGUCAGAAGAAAUGAUGGCGCACUGUUCUGAUCUUGAAGAAGCGUUUGGCGAGCUAAGAAAGCAUAACACGAGGCUUAAUCCAGAAAAGUGUUCGUUUGGAAUUCAAAGUGGAAAGUUUUUGGGUUUCAUGAUCACAAGGAGAGGAAUUGAGGCGAAUCCUGAUAAGUGUAAGGCGAUACUUGAUAUGCAGAGUCCAACCUCAGUUAAAGAUGUGCAGAAAUUAACAGGAAGGAUAGCAGCUUUAUCCAUGUUUCUUCCGUGUUCUGGGGAAAAAUCAGCACCAUUCUUUCAAUGCUUAAGGAAGAACAAAACUUUUCAGUGGUCUGAAGAAUGUGAAAGGGCGUUCAAAAGUUUGAAGAGUCAUUUGUCCAGGCCACCAAUUUUAGCCAAACCAAUUCCAGGUAUUUCAUUAUCAAUGUUUAUUUCCAUAUCUGAUAAUGCAGUUAGUUCAGUCUUGUUGCAAGAGAAUAAAGAUGAUCUGAGGAUCAUCUAUUUUGUGAGUCAUGCUCUUCAAGGAGCCGAAGCUAGAUACCAGAAAAUUGAAAAGGCUGCAUUAGCUUUAAUCAUAUCCGCCAGGAAAUUAAGACCUUAUUUUCAAGGCUUUCCAAUUGUGGUAAAAACAUAUUUGCCACUUCGCCAAGUUUUGCAAAAGCCUGAUCUGGCUGGAAGAAUGGUUUCCUGAGCUGUUGAGUUGUCAGAAUUUGAAAUCACUUUUGACAGGAAAGGUCUGGUUAAAGCACAAGUAUUGGUGGAUUUUGUCAAUGAAAUGUCUUCCAGUGAGAAAACUAUGGAAGUUGGCGAAUGGAGUUUGUCUGUAGAUGGUUCAUCUAAUAUCAAGGGAAGUGGAGCUGGAAUAAUUUUAGAAGGACCAGGUGGCGUGACAGUUGAGCAGCCACUCAAGUUUGACUUCAAAGCAAGCAAUAAUCAGGCAGAGUAUGAAGCUAUAAUUGCAGGUUUGAAGUUGGCGAUCGAGAUGGGGGUCAAGAGCAUAAUGAUUAAAACAGAUUCUCAAAUAGUUUCCAGGCAAAUUCAGGGUGAAUAUCAGGCGAGGGACGCACAGUUGGCUAAGUAUUUAUUGAAAGCUCAGGGGUUGAUAAAGCAGAUAGGCACAGUGCAGGUCAAUUAUGUUCCGCGGGAGGAAAAUACAAGGGCGGAUAUUCUGUCAAAGUUAGCAAGCACCAAGAAGCCAGGAAACAAUAAGUUAGUCAUCCAGGAAGUUUUAAGCAGCCCGAGUAUCGAAGAGGAUGAGACAAUGAUGGUGUUAACUUUAGCAGAUUCAGAUUGGAUGGGGCGUAUCAAAAAGUGUUUGGAGGCAGAGGGCUCUGAUGUGUUGACAUUUUCUAAGGAUCAAAUUCGCGAGGCAAGUCAUUACACAUUGCUGGGAGAUCAAUUGUACAGAAGAGGGAUUGGAGUGCCUUUAUUGAGAUGUGUCUCUAAAGAUGAGGCGGAAAGAAUCAUGUUUGAGGUUCAUGAGGGUGUGUGUGCAAGUCAUGUGGGGGGCAGAUCUUUGGCGGCGAAAGUGCUCAGAGCAGGGUUCUAUUGACCAACUUUACGAGGGGACUGUAUGGAAUAUGUGAAGAAAUGUGAUAAAUGUCAAAUUUAUGCAGAUUUACAUAAGGCGCCGCCUGAAACUCUUAGCUCAAUGAGUUCGUCGUGGCCAUUUGCAAUGUGGGGAGUGGAUAUUCUGGGACCGUUCACUCCAGCAGGUUCUCAGAUCAGAUUUAUUUUGGUUGCGGUAGACUAUUUUACUAAGUGGAUUGAGGCGGAAUCAAUGGCGAAAAUAACAGCCGAAAAAGUCAAAAAGUUUUAUUGGAGAAAAUUGGUUUGUAGAUUUGGCGUUCCAGCAACUAUCGUCUCAGACAAUGGAACACAGUUCACUAGCAGGAGUGUGAAGGAUUUUUGUGCUGAAAUGGGAAUUGAGAUGCGCUUCGCCUCAGUUGAGCACCCUCAGACAAAUGGUCAAGUAGAGUCAGCGAAUAAAGUCAUUCUUAAUGGAAUUAGAAAGCGUCUAGGCGAAGCUAAAGGAUUGUGGGCAGAAGAGUUAAUCACGGUCAUUUGGGCGUACAAUACUACUCCUCAAUCAACUACUGGCGAAUCGCCUUUUAAGUUGACUUACGGGGUAGAUGCUAUGAUCCCAGCAGAAUUGCAAGAUGUAACUUUCAGGGUGGCAACUUAUAAUGAAGAGCAGAAUGACUUGAAUAGAUUGGUUGAUCUCAAUUUAGCAGAGGAAACGCAAGCAGAAGUUCGUUUGAGGCAAGCAAUGGUAAAACAGAGGUCGGAAAGGCGAUACAAUUCUAGAGUGGUUCCGAGGCAAAUGAAAGUUGGAGAUUUGGUUCUGCGUAGGAAGGCGAAGGGGCCUGAUGAUUCGAAGUUAUCACCUAAUUGGGAAGGACCUUACAGGAUUCUGCGAGAGCUUGGUCAAGGGGCGUAUCAUUUGGAAGAGCUAUCGGGGCGAAGGGUACCGAGGGCUUGGAAUGCACAGCAUCUCCGUUACUAUUACAGUUGAAGUGCAUGGUGGUUCGUUCAGUUUGUUUUGUGUUGUACAGUUUGGUUCAGUGUAUGUUUUUCCAAGAUCAUGUUUCGUUGUUUCAGUUUGUGUGUGUUGAAGUCUACGUUUGUUGGUUGUAUCGUUUAAGACUAUGUUUGUUGUGUAAGACUAAAUUUGAUGCACUCUUUUCUCUACCCCAGGCGGGAGAGUUUUUAACGAGGCAUCAACUAUUAAUGAAUAACAGGUAUGCACUCUUUUCUCUACCCCAGGCGGGAGAGUUUUUAACGAGGCAUAACCUUUUUAAA